UAUAUGAGAGAUUGCCCUUUUAUAAGUUACUUCUCGGUCCCCGGGUUCUCUAUUCUCGUUCUUCAGCUCACUCUCUCUCCACUAAUGUCGUUCACUUGCCAAAUCAUUUAAACUAUGAGACAUGGGAUUUUUCCAGCGACUUUUUGGCUCUAAAAGGGCUGGGCCUUCGCCGCCCGCCAAGGAGAAGAGAAGGUGGAGCUUCGCUAGAUCUUCCAAUACGAUUCCGUCUCAGUUCAAUAAGUAUGAAUCUGUAUCGGGUCCGUAUGAUGAUAAUUUGGAUGCAAACAAGCACGCCAUAGCUGUUGCAGCGGCCACUGCGGCAGUUGCCGAGGCAGCACUCGCGGCGGCUCAAGCAGCAGCAGAGGUCGUGAGAUUAACUAGUGUUGGCCGCGGCGGUGGUGGGAGAAGUACUGCACCAGGUCAAGCCAGUGGGAGUGACCAUCGGCGAGAGGAGGAACUCUCCGCGGUCAAGAUACAGUCAGCGUUUCGUGGUUAUCUGGCUAGAAGGGCACUAAGAGCAUUGAAAGCACUAGUAAAGCUUCAAGCAUUAGUGAGAGGCCACAUUGUGAGAAAGCAAACAGCAGACAUGCUUAGGCGAAUGCAAACUUUGGUGAGAGUGCAGGCUCGAGCCUGUGCUAGCCGCACUCACGUGUCAGAAUUACGGCAUUCAUCUACCAAGCCUUCUCAGUCACGUCAUACUAGAUGUUGUUCAAAUACAAAUCUGAGAGACAUCUUUCACCUAGAUGAAGCAAAACUAGGUUCAAAUUGGUUAGAUCGUUGGAUGGAAGAAAGUUUUCAUAAUAGCCAUGGUAACAUUCCAAUGAGAAAUCGACACACUGAUGAUGAAAAGAGUGAUAAAAUCCUUGAAGUGGAUACUUGGAAGCCCCAGAUGAAAUUUAUGGCUUCAGAUCACAACAGCCAGAGCUUUACAACAUUGGACUUGCCGUCAAACUUAUCAUCAAAAGCAACAUAUCAAAUGCCAACUGUCUCUUCAGGAGAAAUUUUAUCGUUAAACUCUCUCAAAUUUCCCCUCGGAAAAGACGAUGCAGUUUUGAGGAAUGUGGAGAACAACCCUUAUGUGUUUUCCCCAUCAUACAGACCUGGGAGUAGUGGUAGAAGAGGUCCUUUUACACCCACAAGGAGUGAGUGCUCAUGGGGCUUUUUUAAUGGAUACUCAGGUCACCCGAACUACAUGGCUAACACAGAAUCCUCUCGGGCUAAGGUUAGAUCGCAAAGUGCCCCAAAGCAGAGGCUAGACUUUGAAAAGUAUGGUUCAAGCAAAAGGCCUGUCCAAGGGUUUUAUGAUGCAGACACUAUUUCAGAAAGGGGAUUUGCUCAACAAUCCAACUUUGGAAACAGAGCUUAUCCAGCAUCUGGGCGCUUGAAUAGACUAGGUGUACCGAUGUAAGCUUUGCUGUUGUGGUUGCACGCAUGCUUGCAUCGAAACACUAUUAAUGUGUUCCACUUCCAGCUUCCUCCAUUAUCACAAGUUCGUUGUUUAGUUAUCAGCAACUACUUCCAACUGGUAUGUAUGAGAAGAAUUUCAACCAUGCUUUUCUAACUGUGGAAAGUGGAGCCAUUAUCACCUCAACUUCAGUUGUUGAAUCAAUGAUACUUCCUAACCAUGCCAUUAUCAGCAGAGCAGCUGUACAAACUUCUUCUACAACCCUUUCUUUAAUUGUCUCAACUAGCACAUAUUUGAUCAUUCACACAAAGUUUCCUAUUGAAAACUAAAGAGUAUCUGUAUCAUUAUCCCCAUGUGCAUUCACAGAUGGUUAGAUAA